CCCUAACUCCGAGCACUGAUCAGACUUCUGCGUCCGUCAGCAGCUAAACGUCCGGCAGCACUCUCCCAUCCGACCGGGCCGGGACGGGCCAGGACUUGCGGGUCGGAAAGCGUUUGGUGGCGAUCUUACUUGGCGGAGCGGGAUCGGAAGUUGCUGCCGGAUUUGUGCCAACAGCGCAAGCUCGAGUCGAUCCGACCUCGUCUUUCUGGAUACUCGUUCUUUGCUCGUGCCUUGGCUCGUACUCCUCUUCCCUCCCUCCCUCCCUCCCUCUCUCUGCUGCUGCUGCCCUCGAGCUUUGUCGUCCUCCGUGCAAUUGGAGUGCAGGGCGACUCGCCUCGCGCGCAUUGUCGACCUCGUAGGUUGCGUUUCUUGGAGAAAGAAGCUUUGUGCAUUUUGUGCCUGGCAGAUGUGUUUUAGGGGUUUAGGGGUGCUGUGUCUUGAUUGCGAGUGAGUGAGACCUGGGACUGAAAGGAAGAGAGAAAGAGAGAGGAGGAUUUUUCGAUUUCUCCACCUCCGCAGGGUUCUGGAAAAUUGCGCGUCGGACGUCUGUCAGGCCCGGCUGCCCGUCCGGUGUUGGAGCUUUGUGAGCAGCGAGCGAGCGAGUUAGCCAGCCAGCAUGUUUCUUACGAGGAGUGAGUAUGACCGAGGAGUCAACACCUUCUCGCCGGAAGGGCGUUUGUUCCAGGUCGAGUAUGCUAUCGAGGCUAUCAAGCUGGGCUCCACUGCCGUAGGCUUGAAGACCAAGUUUGGCGUUAUAUUGGCAGUGGAGAAGCGAAUUACCUCGACUCUGCUCGAGCCCAGCAGUGUCGAUAAGAUUAUGGAAAUUGACUCGCAUAUCGGGUGCGCUGCCAGUGGGCUUACAGCCGAUGCCCCGACUUUAGUGGAGCAUGGGCGUGUCGAAACUCAGAACCAUAGAUUCUCUUACAACGAGCCCAUGAGCGUUGAAUCCACCACUCAAGCUCUUUGUGACCUAGCUCUGCGCUUCGGUGAGGGAGACGAAGAUUCCAUGUCGAGACCAUUCGGAGUUUCACUUCUCAUAGCCGGUCACGAUGAGACUGGUCCCUGUCUGUAUAUUACGGAUCCAUCCGGGACGUUCUGGGAGUGUGAUGCUAAAGCCAUCGGAUCCGGAUCGGAGGGUGCUGAUUCGUCACUUCAGGAACACUACAACAAGGAAAUGACUUUGGAGGAAGCUGAAUUGCUGGCUUUAUCUACACUCAAGCAGGUUAUGGAGGAAAAGGUCACUGCUUCUAAUGUGGACAUUGCGAAAGUUGCCCCUACGUAUCACCUGUACACUCCCGCUGAGGUUGAGGCUGUAAUUGGGCGGUUGUAGGUCUUGUUAUUAAGGUCAAAUUCCCGAAUCAUCAAAACUGGAGGAUCGGGGACACAUUUCAGAACAUAGCGAUUUGAGGUUGCCGACGAGGGUAUUUUUCACAGCACAGCACCAGUUUUGUAAAGUGGCCGAUCAAUGCUCUCUCUCGCAUUGCGCUUUCGGUGACAUUGAACUGAACAUGCUCCUAAAGUUAGAAGGCCAUUUUGGGUCACAGAAAGUUCAUGUCAUGAAGUGUCAGAUAUAUGGCUUCUGCUGGCAGCAAAUAAAUAGGUUUAGAUACCUAGCCGAUGAUCAGGGGAUGAAGUCAUGUAGAGUGUCCACAGUCUGGCAGGAACAUUGAAAGAUUCUUCUAACGGUCCUCAGGGGUAUCGUUGAAAUUGCUGACUAUCAUUUCCAUUUUGCACCUCUAGCAAACCUUGUUGGAAUAGAACAAAUCAAAAUUGUCAAAUUUGUCGUUAGAAUCAUCUCUUGUUUCCGAAACUGCUGAUAGUCGUCUUAUGUGUUGCUUCUUGAGUGAUUGACUGCAGACUACGC